AUGGAGAAGAGGUAUGAAGAGCUGGUGCACUACUCAGGGUCGGAGGGCAUGUCGUUGGGGGGGUACGGGGACGACGUCAGGGCGCUUCCUCCCCCACAGUACGGCCCCACCAUCCCCGACUCCCUCAAACACCACAAAGACCAGAUCUACGGUCACCCACUGUUUCCACUGCUGGCCUUAGUGUUUGAGAAGUGUGAGCUGGCCACCUGCUCCCCCCGAGACUCCGCCUCCCUCUCGGCCACCUCCCACCUCCCCGGCAUGACCAACCACAGCGACGUCUGCUCCUCCGAAUCCUUCAACGACGAUAUCGCCGCCUUUGCAAAGCAGAUUCGUUCGGAGAAACCCAUAUUUUCCUCCAACCCUGAGCUGGACAACUUGAUGAUCCAGGCCAUACAAGUCCUUCGCUUUCAUUUGUUGGAGUUGGAGAAGGUGCACGACCUGUGUGAUAACUUCUGCCAUCGCUACAUCACCUGUCUGAAGGGCAAAAUGCCCACAGACCUGGUCCUGGAUGAGCGGGAGGGCGGCUCCAAGUCUGACAUGGAGGACUUCACUGGAUCCUGCACCAGUCUGUCAGAGCAGAAUGCGUCAUGGUUACGGGAGCCGGAUGAAUGUGCCACGACUCCUCUGGGAACACCAGGCACCUGUGGCCUGCCUUCACACAGCACAGCAGACAACUGCAGUGACGCAGGCGACGGUCUUGACGGAGGCGUGGCGUCUCCCAGCACAGGAGAGGAAGACGAGACCGACAGAGACCGAAGGAACAACAAGAAGAGAGGGAUCUUCCCCAAAGUGGCCACAAACAUCAUGAGAGCGUGGCUUUUCCAGCACCUGUCGCACCCGUACCCGUCCGAGGAGCAGAAGAAGCAGCUGUCGCAGGACACGGGACUGACCAUCUUACAGGUCAACAACUGGUUCAUCAACGCCAGGAGGAGAAUCGUGCAGCCGAUGAUUGACCAGUCAAAUCGCUCAGGUCAGGGGGGUCCCUACAGCCCAGAGGGAGCAGCUCUCGGGGGCUACGGCCUCGACGGACAGGCCCACCUCGGGCUUCGAACGGCAGGUCUCCAGGGGAUGUCCUCUCUGCAGGGCGACUACCCCGGCGCCCUGCUGUCCCAGCCCGGCUACCCCCCUCACCCAGGACCGUCCCUCCACUCGUACCCGGGCCCCCACCCUCACGCCGCCAUGCUGCUGCACCCGCCGCCACACGCACACCCCGCAGAGCCGCUCCUCGCCCAAGGACUGGACAUACACGCACACUAG